ACAUCCGCUUCUCGUGAACGGACACAUUUGUUUUGAAAGGGUUGAUGUGAAAUUCUUCAUACAGAUGUUAAACGCCGCUUCGUGAAUGUGUGUGUGACGUCACGCACCAGCGGCCACACACUGAUCUCAAGUUUGCAUAAGAAAGCAGAUGGAGAGAGGGAAAAAAUCUGCUCAAGUCUGUGCUGCAAUAACAAUAAUAUUCCCUGACAUGUUUGCUGUUUUACCUACUCAAGACUCGGUGUGGAAUAAAUGAGAAGCUUAAAGGUUAUCUGAAUUUUUUUCUUUCUCAACACAACCGGCUUUGGACACGAAGCCUUGAGAUGGAGAAGAUGACCAGGGUGAGCACCAUCAAUGGACGGACCAUGUUCUGCCACCUGGACGCACCUGCAAACGCCAUCAGCGUCUGUCGGGACGCCACGCAGGUGGUAGUGGCCGGCCGUAACAUCUUCAAGAUCUACGGUUUGGAGGAGGAUGGUUUUGUGGAGCGUCUGAACCUGCGUGUGGGCCGCAAACCCUCGCUCAACUUCAGCUGCGCGGACGUGAUGUGGCAUCAGAUGGAGGAGAACCUGCUGGCCACCGCCGCCACCAACGGAGCCGUGGUCACCUGGAACCUCUCGAGACCCUGCCGAAACAAGCAGGAGCAGCUCUUCACCGAACACAAGCGCACCGUCAACAAGGUCUGCUUCCACCCGACGGAGGUCAACAUGCUGCUGUCCGGCUCGCAGGACGGAUUCAUGAAGUGCUUCGACCUGCGCAAGAAGGAGAGCGUCAGCACUUUUUCUGGUCAGUCGGAGAGCGUCAGAGAUGUGCAGUUCAGUAUGAAGGAUUAUUUCACCUUUGCGGCUUCUUUCGAGAAUGGAAAUGUGCAGCUGUGGGACAUUCGCAGACCCGACCGGUACGAGAGGAUGUUCACUGCACACACCGGACCUGUUUUCUGCUGUGACUGGCAUCCUGAGGACAGAGGCUGGCUGGCGACGGGUGGCCGUGAUAAGAUGGUGAAGGUGUGGGACAUGUCCACCAAUCGUGUGAAGGAGAUCUACUGUGUCCAGACCAUCGCUUCGGUGGCGCGGGUCAAGUGGCGUCCGGAGCGCCGCUAUCAUCUGGCCACCUGCUCCAUGAUGGUGGACCACAACAUCUACGUGUGGGACGUCCGUCGGCCGUUCAUCCCCUUCGCCACUUUCGAGGAGCACAAAGACGUGACCACGGGCAUCGUGUGGCGGCACCAGCAUGACCCAUACUUCCUGCUGUCGGGCUCCAAAGACAGCACACUGUACCAGCACAUGUUCAAGGACGCCAGCAGACCUGUCGACCGCGCCAAUCCUGAGGGACUCUGUUUCGGGCUCUUUGGGGACCUGGCGUUCGCUGCUAAAGAGAGUCUGAUGACCGCUCCUGCUUCUGCCGGGGACGUGGGACGUAAAACGUACCCAGGCGGUGACCGACGGUACCCCAUCUUCUUCUUCAAGAAGCCGGACGUGACGGAGCAGUUUGCGCAGGUGUCCAGCGCCCUCAGUGUGUUUGAGAGCGAAGCUGACAGCAGCACCGGCAUGGACUGGUUCAUCAACACUGCUCAGAGUUACUUACUGAGCGGCAAACCCUUCGCUGAACUCUGUGAACACAACGCUCACGUCGCCAAGAGCCUCAACAGACCACAGGAAUCCACCACAUGGACGAUGCUACGAAUCAUGUUUUCUGAACCGGCCAAUCCCUCCAUGUCAACCAAUCACAAUCUGAAUAAAUCAGGAAACCUUCCGCUCGUCAAUAGCUUUAGUAUGAAGGAGAUGAGCGGUGCUCUCAAUGAGAGAAACAAAGAAAACAGACAAGACAACAUACACAGCCUGGAGACCAACCUCAACAACAAUGACGAGAACGAGGAGACGGAGGGCAGCGAGGGUCAGGCAGAGUAUCUGUUUGUAGACGCUGAAUUGGAUGAUGAUGAACUGUACAGCAUGGAGCACGACAACCAAGCAGUAGAGGAGUCGGAGUACCUGCUCCCCCAGGAGGCGUUUCCACUGCGGCACGAGAUCAUGGAUCACCCGUCGGCUCCGGAGCCUCUGCAGGAAAAGCAGGAGUCUCCGCACGUGAGCGGCAGCGAGGCCGAGAGCAUGUGUUUGACUCCCAUGGAGUCCUUCAGUCUUAUUUCCGUGUCGCAGCAGCUCUUCUCACUUCACCUGCCUCCCAAGUUCUUCUGCCCCAUCGUGAAGGAGAUGCUGUGCUAUUACGCCGAGCAGGGAGACGUGCAGAUGGCCGUUUCGGUGCUGAUUGUGCUGGGAGACCGCAUCCGCAAGGAGAUCGACGAGCUCACGCAGGAGCACUGGUACAUGUCCUACAUUGACCUGCUGCAGCGUUUCGAGUUGUGGAACGUCAGCAAUGAGGUGAUCAAACUGAGCACGUGUGGCGCCAUCAUGUGCCUCAAUCAAGCCUCCACCACUUUACAUAUCAACUGCAGUAACUGCAAACGGCCAAUGAGCAACAAGGGCUGGAUCUGUGACCGGUGCCACCAGUGUGCAAGUGUGUGUGCGGUGUGUCAUCACGUGGUCAAGGGUUUGUUUGUGUGGUGUCAGGGCUGCAGUCACGGAGGACACCUGGAGCACGUGAUGGAGUGGCUCAAACAGUCCAAACACUGUCCUGCCGGCUGCGGACACCUGUGUGAAUACACCUGACACACACACGCACAGAGAACUGCACAACACACUUCAAUCACGCUGCUACUUAUGAGGGAAAACACACACAACUAAUGAUCCGAUGAUAAUCACACGCUCCGUGGGAAUCUGUCUGUACAUAUUGGAAUGUGCGUUUCAAAACAAUCAGGUUUUAUUUGUAGUUUUUGGAGAUGUUGUUUUAAUGUCUAUUCAUGAAUGUAGCUGAGAUGCACUUGGCUUCGGGAGGGAUUCGUUCACAUUAAAAAAAUACUCUGGUCAAACUGCA